AUGCCGCCGCCUCACCAGCAAAACUCAUCCGCGGCGGACAGGACGGUGCCGACUCGAGCAAAAUCGGGGCAGGUGGUGAGGGUUACAGACAAACUGGAGACGCCCUCCCUCGACGACCGAUCCUACAGGGUCAUUCGCUUACCGAACCAGCUCGAGGCCCUACUCGUCCACGAUGCUGAGACUGACAAAGCGAGUGCUUCGCUUGAUGUCAAUGUGGGCAACUUCAGCGACGAAGUGGAGAUGCCGGGCAUGGCCCACGCGGUAGAGCAUCUCCUGUUUAUGGGCACCAAGAAGUAUCCCGAGGAAAAUGCUUACUCUCAGUACCUUUCCUCGAAUUCUGGUAGCUCCAAUGCCUACACGGCGUCCAUCUCCACCAAUUACUUCUUUGACGUCUCUGGUAAGCCUCACGAUGAUGGUGAGGCCUCGGCCGAGAACCCGUCGCCUCUGUACGGCGCGCUAGACCGAUUUGCCCAGUUCUUCAUUCAGCCUUUGUUCCUCGCGUCUACCCUGGACCGCGAGCUCCAGGCUGUCGAUUCGGAGAACAAGAAGAAUCUGCAGAGUGACCAAUGGAGGUUACAUCAGCUAGAGAAAUCCUUGUCGAGCCCGGAUCACCCGUACUGUCACUUCUCCACUGGGAAUCUUGAUGUUCUCAAGAACCAACCGGAGGCUCGUGGCAUCAAAGUCAGAGAGAAGUUCAUCGAGUUCUAUGAGAAACACUACUCGGCCAACCGGAUGAAGCUUGUUGUCCUGGGAAGGGAGCCGCUAGAUGUCCUCGAAGACUGGGUCGUCGAGCUGUUCUCGGACGUCAAGAACAAGGACCUGGAGCCCAAUAGGUGGUCGGAGGCUACGCCAUUUGGGCCUGACCAGCUGGGUAUGCAAUGGUUUGCCAAGCCAGUCAUGGACUCGCGGGAGCUCAACCUCUUCUUUCCGUUCCUGGAUGAGGAACUACUUUACGAAGCACAGCCAAGUCGGUACAUCAGCCACCUAAUUGGUCACGAGGGUCCUGGCAGCAUCAUGGCAUACAUCAAAUCUAGAGGCUGGGCAAAUAGCCUCAGUGCUGGCGCCUACCCCAUCUGCCCCGGCUCACCGGGCAUAUUUGAUUGUCAAAUUCGACUGACGGAAGAGGGCCUGAAAAACUACCAGGAAGUCAUCAAGGUCUUCUUUGAGUAUGUGUCCCUCCUUCGAGAGGGUCCUCCUCAGGAGUGGAUAUUCCAAGAGCAGAGGGGCAUGGCCGAAGUUGAUUUCAAGUUCAAACAGAAGACUCCCGCAAGCCGAUUCACCAGCAAGGUGUCCUCUGUGAUGCAACGGCCCCUGCCGAGAGAGUGGCUCCUCAGUGGGCACAGCCGUCUGCGAAAGUUUGACCCCGUCCUCAUCCAGAAAGGCAUCGACUGCCUUCGGCCGGACAACUUCCGCAUGUCUAUAGUAUCUCGGGACUUCCCCGGUAAUUGGGACAAGACGGAAAAAUGGUACGGGACGGAGUACAAAUACGAGAAGAUUCCGAACGACUUUAUGAGACAGCUCAAGGCGGCGUAUUCUGUUUCUUCGAAAGAACGUAUUUCCAACCUCCACUUGCCUCACAAGAAUCAGUUCAUCCCCACGAAACUCGAGGUUGAGAAGAAAGAGGUCAAAGAACCCGCCAUCGCACCUCGCAUGAUCCGCAACGAUGAGCUGGCGAGGACUUGGUAUAAGAAGGAUGAUACAUUCUGGGUUCCCAAGGCGAACCUGAUAGUCAGCUUCAAAAGUCCACUCAUAUAUGCAUCGGCAGAAACCUCGGUUAAGGCCCGGCUUUUCACCGAUCUUGUGAGGGACGCAUUAGAAGAGUAUUCCUAUGAUGCCGACCUGGCGGGAAUUCAGUACAGUGUCUCGCUAGAUACUCGUGGUAUCACGGCCGAGGUGUCUGGCUACAACGACAAGCUACCGGUCCUACUGGAACAGGUCCUGAUCACCAUGCGGGAUCUUGAGAUCAAGUCGGAUCGUUUUGGGAUCAUCAAAGAGCGUCUGAGCAGGAGCUAUCGCAACUCUGCUUUCCAGCAGCCCUAUCACCAGCUCUAUGAUUAUCUCGCCUGGCUCACCUCGGAGAAUGACUAUGUUGUGGAGGAACUCGCCGCGGAACUACCCAAUAUCACAGUCGACUCCACGAGGAGCUUCCACAAGGAACUGCUUUCCCAGUUGCACAUGGAGGUCUAUGUCCACGGCAACCUAUACAAGGAAGAUGCUCUCACCCUUACAGACAUGAUUGAGUCGACGCUGAAGCCGCGUCACUUGCCGAGGCCCCAGUGGCCCAUCUUCCGCUCUCUCGUCUUCCCCCCUGGAAGUAACUUUGUCUAUGAGAAGACUCUGCAGGACCCUGCCAACGUCAAUCAUGCCAUCGAGAUGCUGCUUCAUAUUGGCGACAAGGCUGAUCGACUGAUCCGCGCCAAGACAUUGCUCUUGGACCAAUUCAUUCAUGAGCCCGCCUUUGACCAGCUGAGAACAAAAGAGCAACUCGGCUACGUCGUAUUCUCCGGCUAUCGAGGAACAUUGACAACAGUGGGCUUCAGGUUCAUUAUUCAGAGCGAGAAGAGCCCCCAGUAUCUCGAGACGCGUAUCGAAACAUUCUUGACGAACUAUGCCGAGACACUGGCAAAUAUGAGCGAGGCCGACUUUGAAAGCAAUAAGCGGAGUUUGAUGGUGAAGAGGCUGGAGAAGCUGAAGAACCUCGACCAGGAGACUGGCAGGCAUUGGAGCCAGAUCUAUAGCGAGUACUACGACUUCAAUUUUGCUCGCGAGGAAGCCGCUUUGAUCAAGGAACUGACCAAGGCCGACAUGAUUGAGUUCUUCGACCGCUACAUCAACCCCAAAUCCCCCUCGCGGGCAAAACUUGCCAUUCACCUUGUUGCACAGUCCAAGAGCGAUGUCUCUACCGGGCAGAUCUCGGAGCUGGUCAAGACUCUGAACCUUGACGAUGAGCUCUCUCGCCAGGCCGCCACUGACCUCCAAGCGAAGCUCACCGCUGCUCAUCACGAUGAGAAGCAAGAGCUCGAAGGCAUGAAAGCGUACCUUCUCAAGGACCUCGGAGUCGCGGAGGACAAGGUGGACUCGGCGGUCGCUGCCUGGAAAAAGCUGUCGGCGGCGCACAGGACGAAUGGCCUGGUUGGAGACAAUUGCAAAGAACCGCUCUCUCUCAACGGGACCAAGCCGGUUCUCAUCAAGGACGUGCGCGACUUCAAGCAGGGACUGGCGGUCACGGCUGGCGCCCGGCCUGUGAUGGACCUCAGUGAAUAUGAGGACCUAGAUGCCAAGCUAAGAAACUUCGACGACCUCAUCCCAGUCCACCGAGCUGUGACCGCUUGCUCAGCGCCGCGCCUCGUCCCUCUUUCUCGACCACACAACCGGUUCGCUAUCCCAGAGCUGCCGACGCAGCUCGCCUUCACGACGUCUUCCUUAAAGAAAAGAAAGGUUACACGCCAGACGACCCGAGACCAGGAUAGUCCCAACGACCUGGUUCUCCCAUCCACCGAGGUGGAUCCCGAACAGCCAGCGACUUCUUUUUCUGAGUCUUUGCCUUCUGGCUUAGCCACCCCAACCUACGUACGUGCCGAUUCACUACCGGCCUCGAGCUUGCCCCCGCGGCUGCAGACAAACAACUACAGCCAAUCGUUCGCAUCCGACUACGCCGACUCGACAGCAAGUUCCCCUGCCGCUGCUUCUGCUGACCUCUCCGUCGACAACGACCGUGGUGACGAGAUCUUCUCUUCGGAGCCGACCUCUGCCGCCUCUCUCCCGUCUCUCGCCGCCAACGGCAGCCAUCUGUCUCUAGCCUCGGCUACACGUCGUGCAAUUAUGGUCGCAGACGGCGACCUGCCACAGAGGUCGUCGUCUCCGCUGAAGCGUCGCGCAUCCAGCAUGGAGCCCGAAGCUGGCGCAGACGCCCGUGAAGAUGUGGACAUGAUCUCUCUGCCUCCCGAAGAUGGCGCGGAUGCAGCUGCCUCACCGCAGGUCCCACCUGAAGUGCCCGGCGAAACGCACACAAACGGCUCAUCAGACCUCGACAAGGGGACGAAUGGAUUUCCCAUGAUACACGGUCAUCCGCCCAUUCCCGAGCAGAUCAAGACUAUUCAGACGUUGCUGCGCGCCUUCAGUGAGCAACAGAUGCAGGAGGGGGACAUUGUCUACCUGGUGUCGAGAAAAUGGCUUGAGAAGGCUUUGGCUCUAGGCACGGCAACAAAACAAAAGGCGGCCGACCAGGACCCAGCAGAACUGGGCCCCGUCGACAAUGCGGACAUCAUCCAGGCGAUCGUCAAAGACGUGAACGGAGAUGACGCUGUCCGAUUAGUACCAGGCACUGGCCUCGACCAUUUCGAACUCUUCCCCAAGGAUGCCUGGGAUCUUCUGUCGACCUGGUACGGUGUGGCAGAGGGCCAGCUGCCCAUCCUCCGGACCGCUCACAACACCGCCCAUGACUCAACAAUGCCCAACAUCCAAGUUGAGUUCCACCCUCCAGUCUUUACUCUCCAUCGCCUCUGGUCGGAGGUCAGCCCGAUCCCGAUAGAGCAAAGCCUCAAAGCCAGCAAUCCACCUGCGCCCGUUGUCAUGUGCAGCACAUCGCACAAUUUGCAAAGCUUCUUGAAACGAGCGAAACAGCGGCUGGACAUCCCCAUGGACAGGAAAGUUAGGGUCUGGUCUAUUCCAUCAAAGGUACCCUCUGGCGAGUCUGAUUCCUCACAAGCGAAAGCUUCGCUGCUCUCAACACCUCCUGAUUCUCCAAAGAUCGAGGAUGCCGGCUCUCGCACAAAUGGUGCUCAGAAUCCCUGGGAAGGAACUCUGCUUGCUGUUGACGUCUUUAUGAAGCUUGAGAAGAACUCGGGAAGGGAUCUGCUGGAUUUUAAGGACAACACCGGCAAUCCCAACUAUAAUGGCCACUCGACCCUGGCCUUCUACUCGCUCGGCAUGGAUCAACAGCUCGUCCUCGACGAGAGCAUUGACAACACUAGGCAUUUCGUCUCCACCUAUAAUUCCAAGGUUGCCAGCAAGGACAAGGGAAAGCAAUUGCCGGCGAAACAGCAUGUUGUCACUAGUCUGGCUAGCAAGGCAUCGUCUAUCGCAAGCGGCCGUAGCAGCCCUGCCCCUCAGGGCCCGAUGACCCGUGGCCGAACGAAGCAGAAAUCGGGUCGUACGACGGGCUGUGUAGGGCUGGGCAACCUCGGAAAUACUUGCUACAUGAACUCGGCUCUUCAAUGCGUUCGAAGUGUCGAAGAGUUGACCAAGUAUUUCCUGGUGAAUGAGGCCAACAGUGAGAUCAACACCGAUAACCCACUCGGUUUCAGCGGUCACGUCGCCAUGGCCUACAGCCACUUGCUUCAUGAGAUCUACAGGGAUCCGUCUCCGGCUUCCGUGGCGCCGAGACAGUUCAAAAACGUCAUUGGGCGUUAUGCUCCCGCUUUCUCGGGCUAUGGCCAGCAGGACUCUCAAGAGUUCCUUGGCUUCCUUCUCGAUGGCCUGCAGGAAGACCUGAGCCGCAUCAAGAAAAAGCCCUACAUUGAGAAACCCGAUUCCACAGAUGAAAUGAUCAACAAUCCGGCUGCCAUCAGAGAAAUGGCUGACAAGGUUUGGGACAUCACGAAGCGCCGGGACGAUUCAGUGGUUGCCGACCUCUUCACAGGCAUGUAUAAGUCGACUCUGGUCUGCCCUGUGUGCGAGAAGAUCAGCAUCACUUUUGACCCUUUCACGAACCUGACCCUCCCUCUACCUAUUAGGAGUGUGUGGAGCUCGAAGAUCAAAUACUAUCCUCUCAAUGACACUCCUAUCUAUAUUGAUUGCGAGCUGGACAAGGCCAGCAGCAUGAAGUCGCUCAAAGAAUUUGUCGCAACUCGUGUUGGCACUCCAGUCGAUCGUCUUUUUGCUGGCGAGGAGUACAAGGAGAAGUUCUUCAAAUACUAUGAAGACUAUUCUUCCGUCUCAGAGGAGAUCCACUCGAACGACACAGCCGCUGUCCACGAGCUGGAGGCAGUGCCUACCAACCUUUCUUUCAAACAGCCCAAGAAGCAGCACUACCGAUCACUCCUCGACCCAACUGAUAGCGAUGACGUUGAGACACCAAGCUGGGACACCCCCGCAGCUGACCGUAUUCUCGUGCCCGUAAUGCACCGCCUUGCCAAUCAAGAGCCUGGAUUCGGCGGGAAGCGGGCGCAGAUUAGAGAUCUGGGUUCAUGCGUACCGCCUCACUUUAUCGUUGUCUCUCGCGAGGAGGCACGGAGUGAAGAUGCAAUCCGACGCAAAGUCCUGGAGAAGGUCGCCACCUUCUCUUCGUGGGCCGAAUUUUCAGCCGUGGAGGACUCGGAUGCGGAGGUCAGUACUGAUGCAGACUUGGUUACCGCUCCUGCAUCCGAUGCUGACUCUGCUGGCGACGGUAAGGUCGUCGCUAAAUCUGUGGAGGGUGAGGAAGAUAUGGUUGAUGUGGCGAUGAAGGAUGCGGGCGAAUCUGCCAAGCCCCAACCCCUAAAGAGCUUUGUCACCAAACGCCCGAAGUGGGUAGAUCCAAAGGAGUGGCUUAGUCCGCAGCUCCAGAACCUAUUCGAGCUGAGCUAUCUCCACGAGGCUGGCAGUGCUAUUCCCACAGGAUGGUCGAGCUAUUCUGAGGACAAGGACUUUCCUAGGCUGCAGACCAGGGCACCUGCGCCCCCAUCUGAUGCGCAAACGCCGAACAGCUGGAGCAACAGCAGCGAGAACGAGAGCGACAGUGAGCAGCUACCAGAGUCAACUGUUCAAGCCGUGGCCCGCAUGGCCGAAGAGUCGGAUGAUGAAAUCACUCCGGCGGUCAAGGACAUCGCCAUACGCCCCGUUAGCGGCAGGAACGGCCACAAGAUUGCCCCCGUGAAUCGAAGAGGCAAGAUGCCCAGGACCUCUGGGCGCAAGAAUAAGCGCCGAGCUAAGCAGCCGCAUCUGUCUUCCCAAGCGCAAGAGCAACAGCAGCAGCAGGUGUACGAUAGCUUCGAUCUUCAGGCACCCUCAAGUGCCGAUGGCGGUCCGCUCAUUCGUCUUGGCGAAGGCCUUGUUGUCGAUUGGAACUUGCAGGCAUGGGAGAUGGUCUUCGGUAAAGAGGACGAGAAUGAUUCGCGCGGCGCACCGCUUUUCGCACCUUCAAAGCUCGAGACGCUUCCCGAUCCCGCUCUUGAGGAGAAGAGAAAGGCGCGCAACACGCGCCGCAAGAACGGCCUCACCCUUGGCGAAUGUCUGGACGAAUUCGAAAAGGAGGAGAUCCUCUCGGAGAACGACACAUGGUACUGCCCACGCUGCAAAGAGCACCGGCGUGCCAGCAAGAAGUUCGAUCUCUGGAGGACCCCAGACAUUCUCAUUGUUCACCUCAAGAGGUUCAGCUCGAGCGGCUGGCGGAGGGACAAGCUUGAUACGAAGGUCGACUUUCCUGUCGAAGGACUGGACUUGACCAAGCGGGUUCUUGACAAAGCCUCCGGGAAGGAGGAGAUCUUUGACCUGAUCGCUGUCGACGAUCACUGGGGUGGCCUUGGAGGCGGGCACUAUACUGCCUUUGCGAAGAAUUUUAUUGAUCACAAGUGGUACGAAUAUAAUGACUCGUCCGUUUCCAAAGUUAGCGACCCAGAUCGUGUCGUCACUCAGGCAGCUUAUCUUCUCUUCUACCGUCGUCGUUCUACCGGACCUCUUGGUGGUCCACGAUUCAAGGCCAUUGUAGAGAAAUACGAGGCUGGAGAUGAUUCGAGUGACGAGGACGAGGACAUGUCAGAGUCGGGGGAAGGUCAGCGUCUCGGCACCGGCUCCUCCCUUCGUGGGUCGUCGAGCGCUUUGACAGGAGCCGAAGCAACUCUCCGGCAAGGAGGUCGUGGCUUGGCUAAUGGUGCAAGCACCAGCACACUGACUGCGACCGCAGACCAGGACUGUCCGCCGUCGUACCAGCAGGCCAGCGCCGGAUUCGGUGACAUUGGUGAUGAAGAGCCCCCUGUGGGCGCCGGGAUCUUGGACUUUGGCCAAAGCAGCAACGUGCAAAAGAGUAUCGAAGAUGACGAGGGAAUUGGCGGGAUGGCCGAUCACCACGAGAACUCCUGGCCAGCGCAGAAAUGGACUUUCGAGAAUCUCGGGGGUGACGACAUGGGCAGCAGCAAUGAGGUGCAGGCCAACUCAUCCGAGACAGCCAACGACGCCGACAGCAUGAUUAUCGGCCAUGAUGGGGCGGACCGCGACGCCGAAAUGGGCUUCGAUGGCGGCGACGAUGAAGACUACGGCAACACCGAGGUGGCCGAGCCGGCCUUCGGGCAGGAGGAGCCACCACUGCUCGACCCGUUCAAUCAGGCAAACAUGGACGAGAUCCGCGACCAAGUGUGGAACUCGCACGCGGUCGGUCAAGACCACGCGUCGGAGAAGGCGGUCGAUAUCCACAUCAGCGAGGACGACCAAAAGAUGGUUUAG